UAGAUAUGCAAAACCAUCAUGAUCAUCACCAUUAUUGUAAGUAUAUAAAAAGGGUCUAUCUUUGCCUUGGUGUGUUUUUAUUGUAUGCAAAGAAACCCCAUUUUCACAACCAUCUUGAAGAAGCUCCAUCAUCACCAUCAUCAUCAUCUUCAUCCAUGGCAUCUCAAGGUCAGGGCAACAAGCUCACAGUUUCCACAUCGCCGAAGAGUGACAGUGGCAGCGGCGGUUGCGGCGGCGGUGCGGCGGGAUCACUGCCGAAGGGACAGUGUUUGUGCUCACCAACGACACACGAAGGGUCAUUCCGGUGUCGUUUGCAUCGUGGCCCCACAGCAUCGCCGACCAAUUGGAUGAAACGCUCCAAAUCCAUGCCUGCUAAUAAGCAUGUGGUUUCUGACUCCACUUGUUGAUCAUGAUCAUGUUCAAUUGCUUAUGAUAACACAGAUUAAACCUAUAUAUAUACAUAUCGUGAGUUAUAAUUAUGUGUUCAUGUGUAACUUUUUCAUAUCAUGAUAUGAAUCCUUCAAUUGCUUGCAGCUC